AAACAAAAAAUCCGCACAACAUUUUUUACUGCCUGCAUAAAAUGUCACACGUUCAGUUGUAACAUUGAUUUAAAUAAAUAAAUCAUCAUUUUAGUCACUUCGGAGUCGAAAAUGAGUGCUACCGACGUAACAGAAGAUCCUCACUUACCAGAAUAUCAGGUUCUGGAACUCUUCAGCGGAAUCGGGGGCAUGCAUUUUGCCAUCGAACGAUCUGGAAAACGUUAUAAAGUAGUAUCAGCAAUUGACAUCAAUCCGGUGGCCAAUGCCAUCUAUAACCAUAACUUCGGUGCAAACAAAGCUUCUAACAGCAACAUCCUCAGUCUCAACCCGGAUCGGAUUCAGAAGCUUGGUGUGAACGUUAUUCUCAUGUCACCCCCAUGUCAACCGUUCUCUCGAAAUGGGAAUUUCAAAGACGUUGAUGAUCGCAGAGCGGAUCCGUUUGUGCAUUUAUGUGAUUUGCUCGAUAAGAUUCCAACAGUGCAGUUUAUCCUGCUAGAAAAUGUGAAGGGGUUCGAACGGUCUCAGGCAUGUGAGCUGUAUAAAACUCGACUAAGCGCUGCUGGUUUUCGGUUCAAGGAAUACAUUCUCUCGCCACAUGAUUUCGGUGUUCCGAACACUCGUCACCGGUACUACUGUGUGGCUAAACGUACCGAAUUCAGAAACCCUUCAGAUGAAAUCGUUUCUAAACCUACCUUACAACACGUGGGUACAGCGAAACGCAUCUGUGAUCUUGUAGAGCCCGAGUCCGAAAAAUUAAAUCGGUAUCUUCUGAAAGACGACUUGCUUCGAAAAAGACUGGCCAUUAUGGAUAUCUGCACGCCAGACUCUACCAAUUCGAUGUGCUUUACAAAAGCAUACACUCAUUACGCAGAAGGAACGGGUUCGGUGUACAGUCCGCUGAUGCGAUCGGAGUUCGAUGCAAUCUACAAACAAAUUGAAACCACUGAUGAUGACGACGAGAAGCUGAAGCUGCUGAGAAGUCUGAGAGUCCGAUACUUUACCCCUGCCGAGGUUGCUAAAUUGAUGUGCUUUCCUGAUGAUUUUGAAUUUCCUAAGCAAACCACAGAUAAGCAGUGCUAUCGAGUUCUUGGCAACAGCAUCAAUGUGUUGGUUGUGAGCUCGUUAUUUGAUGAGAUGGACUGGUGAUUAUGCAGAUUCCGUACACAAUAGGGAAAACAAAGUUCAGUCAUUUAGGCAAAAAAUCAAAAAAGCCACCUCACUGAGUACUUUUUCUAUAAAAAAAAAUCUAUUAUUGUAAUAUAUAUGAUUGAGAAAAGUGA